UUUUUCUCUAUAAAUUGGAAACAAACUAGCAUUCCUUGCAACAUUCAAUUCUCUCUGUAAAAAAGCAACAAACAAAUUUUGCUUGCAAUGGCUCUUAUCACCACUUUUUCCCCUAAUUUGGGCUUUUGCCUCAAAUCUCACCCUGCCAAGUCCCACAAUCUUCAAGUUUGCAGUAAAGCAGUGCCAUUAAUACCAAGGAAAAAGCUUAUAAAGCCUAUCGUAAAUCAGGCCUUAUCUAAAGUAGAAAUCCCAUUGCGGCGCACUGGUAAGCAUCAUCCCAACUUGUGGGGCGAUGAUUUUAUACAGUCUCUUCCGAAGCAUCCUUAUGAGGCUCCUCUCUACGCUGAGCGUUGUGGAGGUCUUAUUAGCGAGAUCAAAGACAUGUUCAGUGCAUCUGCAGAAAAUGUUUCCCCACUUCUUGGCCUCGUUGAUAAUAUUGAACGUCUUGGAAUAGAUCGACAUUUUCAAAAGGAAAUUAAAGAAGCCCUUGAUUUUAUUUACAGGCAUUGGGGUGAAUGCCAAAGAGAUCUCAACAUCACGGCCUUGGGCUUUCGGAUUCUUAGACUCCAUAGAUAUCCUGUUUCUCCAGGAAUGUUGGGAGCCUUUAGAACAGCAAAUGGGCAGUUCUUGUGCUCCACUGCGCAAACAGAGGAGGAUAAAAUUAAAGGUAUUCUAAAUCUGUUUCGGGCUUCACAUAUUGCUUUUCGUGGGGAGAAAAUUUUGGACGAGGCUAAGGAAUUCUCUACUACAUAUUUAAAUCAAGCUAUGGAGAAGAGUGGGAUCAGCUCAAACCUUUUACAAGAGAUAUCAUUCAAUCUGGAGUAUGGCUGGUACAACAAUCUGCCCAGAUUGGAAGCAAAGAAAUAUAUCCAGAUCUAUGGAGAAAACGAAUCGUGGGCCAGGAUGGCGGGCAAUGAGAAACUUUUACUUUUAGCUAAAAUGGACUUCAAUGCGAUUCAGUCACUGCAUCAACAAGAGCUUAAAACUUAUUCUAGAUGGUGGAGGGAGUCUGGUUUGUCUAAAUUGGAAUUCGCUCGCCAUCGUCAUGUAGAAUAUUUUUUUAUGGCAUGUGCUAUUUGUGAGGAUGAGAGGUAUGCUGCAUUUAGAUAUGGUGUAGCAAAGUUCUCUUCAAUUGCAACAUAUUUAGAUGAUAUAUACGACACAUAUGGAACAAUAGAUGAAUUGAAACUCCUCACAAAGGCUAUCAAGAAGUGGGAUCCGACAUCUAUAGACCAUCUUCCCGAAUAUAUGAAAGUUCUAUAUAUGGCAUUGUAUGAGACAAUCAAUGAAAUGGAUCGAGAAGCUGAAAAGAUUCAAGGACGAGAUACUCUCACCCCCUCUAGAGAUGUUUGGGAAGGUUAUGCAAAUGCCAUGAUGCAAGAAGCUGAGUGGCUUGCUACAAGUCACAUACCAACUUUGGCAGAACACAUUGAGAAUGGAACAGUUAGUUCAGGGACUCGUGCAACCACAUUGCAACCCGUGUUAACAAUAGAUGAGAUCCUUUCAGAAAAUAUUCUUCCAAAAAUUGAUUAUCCAUCAAGAUUCAUGGAUCUCUUGUGUAUGAGCCUUAGACUAAGAGGUGAUAUUAAAUCCUUUAAGGGUGAGAUAGCUCGAGGAGAAACAAAUUCAUCAGUAGCGUGUUACAUGAGAGAUAAUCCAGGAUCCAUUGAAGAAGAUGCAUUGGAUUACAUCAAGAAUUUAUUGGAUGAACGACUCAAAGAAUUAAAUUGGGAGUACUUGAAAAAUGAUGGCGUUCCAACAUGUAGCAAGGAUUAUGCUUAUGACAUCACAAGAGGUUACCUACAUUUCUACAAAGAGAGAGAUGGUUUUAGUAUUUCAAAUAAAGACAUACAAAACCAUGUAACUCAAAUCCUCAUUGAACCUAUAAACAUGUAACCUUUGAAUAUAUUUUAACAAUUUCUGCAUUGAUAUAAGUCACUUUAUCAUUGAGCUAAGAGACAUUUUAAAAUGUAAUAGAAUUUUCAUUUUAAUAAAUUAAUGAGAUUUUCUUUCUAA